CGUCCAAGAUUGCACAAUGCUCCAGCAGAUUAUCUGCGAGAUCGCUGUGCUCACAUCGACAUUGUUGACAUUAACGAAAUGUUCAAGCUGCGAAGACAACGAGAAAGCAACUUACUGCACGAAAAGCCAAGUUGUGCGUCAAGCUAUGUGCCCCAAGGCCAAGUAUUGGACGUGCACGACGGGAUCAUGGAGCUGCGCAUGCCAAGAUAAGCUCUACAGGAGUAAAGACGGAGCAUGCGUCCCUUUAAAAUAUUGCGAUCCUGGGUACCGGACACCAAAACCCAGGACUACCAAGUUCCCUAGAGGAACCUAUAUUCCAGGGUCAACCGCGAAGGUUCUUCAAAGCCAGAGGCGACUUGCGGAAGUGCUGGCUACAACAAAACGAAUCUUUGACGACAAAUGUUUUUGCAUGGACUCCGACUUUUACACGGAUUUUCCGCCGAGGAAUGUUGUACGCACAGUAUCGUGCAGAAAGAGUGUUUCAUUCGGGUGA